AUGGCCGACACGACUCAAGCUCCUAUGAACGGCAGCUUCCCUGCUCAGCCGUACCCCGAAUCUUUUAACCAUACCCCCGCUGCUAUGAACAGCGCCGCGAACUUUCAGCCAGCACAGUCCUCUACGCCCACAAAUGCCCCUCCCAGCGAACCAAAGAACGGAAUUUCCAAGGAUGAAGUUGGCUGGUACUUUGUCGAGCAGUAUUACACCAACAUGAGCCGUAGCCCGGAAAAGUUGCAUCUCUUCUACUCUCGGCGUUCGCAGUUUGUUGUCGGAACUGAGGCUGAGUCUGUGCCUGUCGCGGUUGGCCAAAAGGCCAUCAAUGAAAAGAUCAAGCAGCUCGACUUCCAGGACUGCAAGGUUCGUGUUCUGAACGUGGACUCUCAGGCUUCCUUCGAGAGCAUCCUGGUCUCUGUCAUUGGUGAGAUCUCGAACAAGUCCGAGCCAUCUCGCAAAUUCGUCCAGACCUUCGUGCUGGCUGAGCAGCCUAAUGGCUACUAUGUCCUCAACGAUAUCUUCAGAUACUUGGCUGAUGAGGAGGAGGAAAUCGUUAACGAGGAGACAGCUCCCGCUGAGGCUCCGGCUGCCCCGGCUGAGGAGCAGAUCGCUCAGGCCCCUGCGCAGCCCGCUGCUGAAGCUGCCCCUGCACCCGUCGAGUCGCAGGUGAGCACUGAGGCUUCCGCGGCCAAGGUUGAUGAGAAACUUGAGCAAGCUGAGACUAACGGCGAGGCCGCCCAGCCCAAGGAAUCUCCUGCUCCUGAGACCAACGGCGCUGCUCCUCAGGAGGCAGAGGCUACUGCUGCUGAGCCGGCUGAAGCUGAGCCUAAGGUCGAGACGCCCAAGAGCCCUGCACCAACUCCUGCCGCUCCCGUGCAGAAGGAAGCUCCUGCUCCCGAAAAGGAGACUGCUGCUCCUGCCAAGGCUCUUCCCAAGACCUGGGCUAACAUUGCCUCCAAGUCCGCUGCUGCUGCCGCUGCCGCUGCCGCCGCCGCGCCUGCUGCCCCUGCUAUCCCUGUUGCUGCCCCGAAGACUGCUGCUCCCGCUGCUAGCUCUUCUCAGCCACCUGCUGCUGCUGCCCCCGAAGCUACUACCCCAGCCCAAGCGGUUCCUUCUAACGAUGCCGCUGGAUGGCAAACCGCUGGUCACGACCACAAGAAGACGCAGUCCCGUGCCGGCGAGGAGCAGAACGUCCUUGCUUACAUUAAGAAUGUCAAUGACAAGGUCGAUGCGAGCUUGCUCAAGCAGACCCUGUCUCGCUUCGGUAAGCUCAAGUACUUUGAUGUGAGCCGUCAGAAGAACUGCGCCUUUGUUGAGUUCGCCGAGCCCUCUGGUUACACCGCAGCUGUUGCCGCCAACCCCCACCAGAUCGGUACCGAACAGAUCUUCGUUGAAGAGCGCCGUCCCCGCUCCAAUGCCUUUGGUGGAAAUGCCAACUUCGGUGCCAGCCGAGGCGGUGCUGGUCGUGGCCGUGGAGACCGUGCGGGCAGCCAGGGCCGUGGUGGCUUCCAGCGCGAUGGAGGUCGUGGAGGUUUCCCUCAGCGCGGCCGUGGUAACGUCGCCCCCAAGGGCCGAAGCCAGCCUCAGACUGCUUAA